AUGGCUAGGCUGGAGAUGGACAAAGGAAGGUCGAACGCGAAGUACAUAUUCGUGUUGCUCCUACUUUUCUUGACGCCAACGGGUGCAGCAUGGAGGAAUGGUGGACCGCGAGGCCUUCCCUCCCUUGUUGCCAUGACGAUCAUGGCAAGUAACCUGACAAGAGUUUCAUACAGUAGCAGCGUCAGAUCCGUCCAGGAAAGGUUGAAGCAGGCGGACGUGUUCUGCUUUGACGUUGACAGUACGCUCAUCACCACGGAGAGUAUCGUAGAGCUAGCGAAGUGCAAGAGGGUGCACCAGGAGGUUUCGCAGCUGACAAGGAGCGCUAUGAAUGGCGAGCUUUCGUUUCAUGAGGCGCUUUCACGGAGGUUGAAGAUCAUGAAACCUUCCCGGCAAGAUGUGAGCCAGUCGAUGCAUGAUGUAGCCGACUUAAUAGCGGGGGACAGUAUCAAACUCACUCCUAAUGUAGAGCCACUCUUUCAUUCGUUGAGGCAGAGGAACAAGAGCAUCUGCAUCCUCAGCGGAGGCUUCUGGGAGCUAAUAGACCCGCUCGCUCGUCAGCUGCAGCUGAGCAGGGAGCAAGUCUACUGUAACUCGCUCCUCUUCGACGAUGCCGGCGCAUACGCUGGUUUCGAUCCACAGGGUGGAGCAGACCUCUUUGUGGGAUACGGAGGAGUGGAGGUUCGAAAGAGAAUACAAGAGGAGGCUGAUUGGUACAUCUACGACUUCCAGGAACUGGUGGAAGCGAUAGAGGGAAGUUGA